AUGUCCGAGCAGACCGUUGAGUCUGUUGCCGAGACUCUGGAGCUGCUACCGCCUUUUUCAUUUUCGAAAAAACCCAUCCGUUCCGUUUACAACUCCCUGGGGAUCUCCCAAAUCCUCCAUCAUCAUGCUCCAGACGAAAAUGGGCCGACUUCGAAACCAUCUCUCAACAACAUAAACUACGAUGAGCAGAUCCGGGCCCCUCGCAUGACCCUGGCUUCCCACUACACGCAUCUGCCGAAAAAUAGACCCGAAUUGGCUCCCGCUGAUGUGGAUCAUGAAGAGAGUAAGCCUUACGAACCAGCUACUUUUGACCUCAACGCCGUCACGCGACGGAAUCUGGCCCCACUCAGCCGUAACUCGCUGCUGCUGCUUUUGGACACCUACUUCCCUUCAAAUCUGCCCCAAAGCGGUACUUCCAAUAGAUCGGGCUCCUCUAGCUCGCAUACACUGGCAUCCGAACUGACAGUGCGCCUGGAUCUGCUGAAGAUCCAAAGAGCGUUGCUUAAUUUGCUGGAGAACACCACUUCCGCGGAAAGAGUAAAUCACGGUGACUAUGCUGCACGCUCAGCCCGCCACAGGGCAAAUGGCAACUUGGUGGAUGCAAGAGGCGCUUCUCUUCAGCAUGUGUACAGCUUGAAGAAGCCGCUUUGCACGCCGGCGGUGCUCCGGCCACCGGGAGAGAAUGAACUUGAAAACGUCAGUGAAGUUGACUCUUCGUCGCCCCAUUCAGAAAUUAGAGAAUACCCAUUCCAAAUGCCAGCCCACGACGAGGCCCACGACGAGGCUGCCUGUGAAAACUUGACAGAACCGACGCACGAGCACUGGAGACCCAACUCUUCCCUGGAACACUGCACCAAGUGUUUUGAUGCGUUUGGGAGCUUUUUCAGUCCGCAACGUAAACGCAGACACCAUUGCCGCUUCUGCGGGUUCUUGUACUGCGUCAACUGCUUGUUCAAGAACAAAGAGCUGGUUCUGAGCUCCAGCACAGUGAACAGUCCAAGUAAGCGGUCGAGUUCAAGCUCCUCCAACUCCAGUGGCUACUCGGUUUUCUCAUCCACUACCUCCUCCCUGGCGUCGUCUGAACAUGCAUCGGGCGUAAUGAUGGACGCAAAGGCUCGGCUAGUGGUUCCGAUUUUCGCCAAUCUACAUCUGGACCAGAAAAGCCUCGUCAACAUGCGCCAGCGGUUCAAGAGCUGCAAAGUCUGCAAGCUGUGUGGACAGAACUACUUGAAGUUGGUGCAAGCGCUAAACUUGCGGAUAGAGAAAACUCAAGACGUUUCUGUGCCCUACGCAUUCAUUGAGAACCCCUAUUUCAACACAGAUGAUCCUGAUAGCAUCAUGCCUGGCGGAGCUCUAGAUAGCAGCCUCAGCAGCUUGUGCAGCGAAGAGGCCGCCCAUUUUGCCCAGAUCGUCCGUCCACUUAUGGCCAUGAACCAUCAUUCGGAAGACACCCGAAGCGCCUCUUCUAGUCGCCGUCUUUCUUCCAAUAACCCCUUCCGUCAGUCUGAGCCCCAGACCCGAAAUCGUGGCGCUUCGACUCAACUGUCGAAUUCUGCUUUCGAGCAGUGGGUAGAGAAGAACAAGGCUUUAAUAGAAGACUCCGACGAAGAGCGUGACCAGGUGUAUGAGAGACCAUCGUUUCCCUCAUCGACGAGAACAGGCAGCGACAGCGACGUUAACUAUGGAAGGUCGAAACCACCACGUCCAGCCAAGGACUCAAAGCCUGCACCAGCUCCUCCAACUUAUGAGGAAGCCGCUGGCCGGAAUGCUGCCUCUCGUGAUUAUCCACGGGAGAAGAGCUCGUCCAGGAGUGAGAGAUCUGAGAGAUCUGAGAGGUCGGAAAGGCCCCGCAGACACGACAACAGACCCCAACGUUCUCACAGUGAUUCGGAAAGACACAGGAAGGAUUACGAAAAGAAGCAUCGUUCCUACAAGUCUAGAAAUAAGUCACCCAAGAAGAAGUCUGUUGAGCCUCACAAUUCCAAGGGGUUGGAUACCAUCGACAAAUUGGAUGUCAGCGCCUUUUUUGGCGGCAGGUUCCACCAUGAUGGUCCCUUCGAUGCAUGUACUCCCCACAGAAACAAAAAUCAGAAGGCUGCUCCCGUCAUGGCCUUCCCCGCUGACGGGCCAAAUACCUCCAUGAAAGCUUUACCAGAAGGCGCAAACAAAGACUCGCACCUCUACAUGGCAUUCGGCGAUACCCAUGAUCAAAACGAGAUCGUGGGCUCUGUCGGUGCUCAAAACGGCGGCAUUCCAGCCGUUCCCAAGACAAACCGUACUUCCAAUGACCCAUCGACCAUGUAUACCCCAAGACAAAACCCUUCUGUCAUGGCCUUUGAUGUGCAUGCCAAGGCCGAACCUAUACACGGUCCUUCAACUGCCGGUUUGGGCUCCACCACCUUCCUCGAUGGCGCUCCAGCUCCAAAAACUGAUGAUUUUUUGAAUGUUCCAUCCAGCGGUUUGGGUAGAAAGAAGUCGUUGGUGCAUAGAUUACGCAAGAAUAGUGGCAGCGAACUGAACUCUGCUAGAACGUCGAAUGACAAUUCUGGCGAGUUCACCAGGGGUACCUUUGCAGACGAGGAUGCCCAAGGCUCUUCUUUUUUGAGGAGAGUUAAGAGUUUGAAGGUGAGCAGAAGAUCAUAG